CAAUAAUAAACUAUGGCAAAAUAAAUAAAUAAAAUAAUAAUAAUUAUAAUAAUAAUAAUUUUCUACUUAUCUAAAAUAUGACCAAAAUAAGAUCACUGAAUGAUAAAGAUGAAAUAGACCAAAAGCAACAGCAACAGCAACAACAUAGUCAUAAUUUAUUUAACUGGUUAAAUAAUGUUAAGCAUCGUCACGAUGCAAAGCUAACAGAGACUACUGAAACAUCCACUAAAAGUAAUCCUGAACUACCACCACGGCUACCUCCCCCGUCUUCACCACAACCGAUGGAUAUCAAUCAUAACCAUCUUCUUACCACACCACAUGAUACCACAAAUGAUAGUGCAAGUUAUUUGUCAGACGAUAAAGUAUCUAUUCGUAGCAAAGCAACUUCUCUCUUUUCUCGUCAUUUUAAAGAUGAUGUCAUUCAUUUUCACCGACCCCAUGGGCUUUUAUUUGGACGAAAACAGCCAGAAAGUAGUGCUUCACUUGCAUCUUUAAAUCCACCACAGGAUCCUUCUUACAGCUGUUCCUGCUGUACUCAACGCCGUAAUAGUAGAGAUACAACUUCGAAUGAUGCGGAUGACGAAGGAACAUCGUCAACAGAUGAAGAUAACGGCAGUAUCCGAUCCAAAGAUUGGACAAAGCACCCACCGUGUCUUUGUCACAACACCGCUGAAAUAACUCCAACCCAUGAACUCGUCAGUCAUAAUAAAGUGUCUCGAAAUAAUUCGGUUUUUUCCUUACCAAAGGACAUUGAUAAACCUGAAGUUGGAUUCAAAAAAUUAAAAAAGGAUGGUGAUUUAGUCGAUUGGGAUGAACUGAGCUCAUUUUUGGAAGAAGAAGAAGAGGAGGAGGAAGAAAGACAUCGUGGUAGCAUUCAUGUGUGUCAAUCAUCAAAUAAAAUACAUUUACGCUCCAUGAUUCGAAAUGACUUGAUUCAUCUUGCAUUAAAUGGACCCUUUAAAAGUCCUUUAUCAUCAGAUACCAGAAAACAUAUUUUACAUAUUGGAUGUAGCGAUGGUGCCUGGUGUAUGGAAGUUGCCAAAUUGUUUCCUAAUUGGCUAGUAGUGGGUAUCGAUGACCGAUCGGGUGGCCCUCUCUUACCCGAUCAACAUAAGGCACCCAAAAACUUUAAAUAUAUUCGUUGCUUCUAUGAUAUUUUGAGAACUAUUAAAGAUUUCCCGAGUAAUGCGUUUGACCUCGUAUGCGUUCGAUUUUUGUUAGACGCAUACGGGAACUGUACUUAUAAGGACUUGAUCCAUGAGGCCGGUAGGAUCUGUAAACCUAAUGGCUUUGUGGAAAUUUACGAACUGGAUUUGAGAAUUUAUGGCAAUCCAAAGGCAGGACCUGUGACUCAUAAACUAAAUACUAAACUGUAUCGUGCUAUGGAGACACACAAUUUAAAUCCUCGUUUAGCUCGAAGUCUAGGACUUAUGAUCCCUACCAUGUUUGAGCACCCAUCUGGCCAUGACGCAGCCAUGAUGGAAAGAAGGAAGGGUUCAUCUGAUUUUGAAGCUAAUUAUGUUUCAUUACCUUUGGGUGUUUGGGGUGGUCGAUUAGGAGUCAUGUUUCGUGAUAGUAUUGUAGACUUUUUCACUGAUUUUCAGGAGCAUAUGGAUGCAGAUUCCUUAGCUAGUUAUGACGGUAGUGUCAGUAGUGUUAGUGAUGGUAUCCCAUAUGAUAAAGAUAUUGAGACAAUGUUACUUGAGAUGGAGUCACAAAAGGCCUUUAUGAAUUUACAUUAUGUUUAUGCAAAGAAAUCAUAGAAAAAAAAAGAGAUAAUACAUACAUUAUUCAUAAUAAAGAAUACACAUGUCAUUGAUCAUUAAUAUACCAUUGCAGUAGUAUUUAUGUAUAAUCUAAUAAAAAAAAAUAAAAUAAAAUAAAGGCUAAAAACUCAAAUUAUGAAUAUCUUAUAGUCUAUAUGUAGGUUCAUCUUCUAUAUCAUGUUGAUUAGAUGAUCACUAGGUGAUAAACUUAGACGCGGUUCUUAC